UUGCCCACCAUCUCCGCUCAAUCUCUCAACACGCUCAAUCUUUUCCCUCCUCCCUCUCUGUGCGAACUGAAUAUUCUCUAUAAAAUCCGUCGAGCAUAUAUAUAUACACACGCGCGUCUACAUUAAUCUCUCUUUCUAUAUAUACGUGAGGGGGAGAGGGAGACAGAGACAGACGGAGAGAAAUCUCUCUCUGAGAAGAUAAGAGUAGAGAGAGAGAGAGAGAGAGCAGGGAAAGCAAAACGAUUCCCUUGGAAUUGGAAUUGGAAUUCACCGCCCGAGGGAUUCCAUUUUUCCCAUUUUUCGAUUCGUUUUUCAUUGAACAUUCCGCUCCCAGACCCGUAAUAAAAGAAAACCAACAAUCCCUCAAACUCUUGGACAAAACGAACAGGGAGGAGAGAACGAGACAACGCGGAGAAGGGAAAACGAAUACCCAGUUCCCGGUUUGAUCUGUGGGGUUAGGGGCUUUUGGGUUUUGUUUUAUUUUUUUGUGUUUCUGUGGGCAUGAGGUUGAACGGCGAAAUCGGAGGAGAGGAGGAGGAGAAGAAGGUGGCUGAGUGCUUGAACUCGCAAGCGUAUUCGAUCGGCGGGGGGUUUUCUCAGCCACAGUCUCAGAAACUCGUCGUCGGCUACGCCUUGACCUCCAAGAAGAAGAAGAGCUUCUUACAGCCCAAGCUUCUCUGCCUCGCUCGGAAUAAGGGGAUAUUUUUUGUACCCAUUGAUUUAAAGAGGCCUCUGUCCGAUCAAGGUCCUUUCGACGUUGUUUUGCAUAAGUUGUCAGGAACGGACUGGUGCGAGGUUAUUGAGGAAUACAGGCAAAAACAUCCUGAAGUAGCAGUCCUUGAUCCUCCAGAUGGGAUACAACAUCUACACAAUCGCCAGUCCAUGCUUCAGGAUGUGGCAGAUCUAAACUUGUCUGACUGCCAUGGCAAGGUUGGUGUUCCAAGGCAGUUGGUCAUAACAAAAGAUCCAUCUUCUAUUCCUUAUGAAGUUUCUAAAUCUGGGCUAAAGUUGCCACUUGUGGCAAAACCUUUAGUUGUGGAUGGAAGUGCCAAGUCACAUGAACUAUCUCUUGCUUAUGAUCAAUUCUCCCUAACAGAACUUGAACCUCCUUUGGUUCUCCAGGAGUUUGUUAACCAUGGUGCCAUCCUCUUCAAAGUUUAUAUUGUCGGUGAAACGAUAAAGGUUGUGAGGCGUUUCUCUCUGCCUAAUGUUAGUAAAUGUGAGCUAGCAAAAGUUUCUGGUGUGUACCGUUUCCCAAGGGUUUCAUCUGCUUCAGCUUCAGCAGAUGAUGCAGAUUUGGAACCUGGUGUUGCUGAACAUCCUCCACGACCUCUGCUGGAGAAGCUUGCAAGGGAGCUCCGUCGCCGAUUGGGUCUCCGGCUGUUCAACAUAGAUAUGAUCCGAGAGCAUGGGACCAGAGAUGUCUUUUAUGUGAUUGACAUCAACUACUUUCCUGGGUAUGGGAAAAUGCCGGACUACGAGCACAUAUUUACAGAUUUCCUUCUGAGCCUAGUGCAGAGCAAGUAUAAGAAGAGACCUGCUACUUAACUGUUGAAAGUAAAUAUAUCCAUUGUACAUGAUGUUUGUUGCAGGUGUGCUCCAUGGAAAUUGAAGGACAGUCAAAUCUAGUUUUUACUUCUGUAAUACUGGCUGGUAUGAAAUGUCCUUUGCUCAAGCCACUACCAUGUAAAAAAGGUUCUCAGUGCUAUCUAAGCUAUUUAUAUUUCUGAUACUCCAUGCUGUUUCUAGGCCGAAUGAGCAAAUGUCUGGUGUCCACAUAACCUUCCAUUUGAUGAGACAAAUCACCACUUCCCAAUUUGUAUGGGGGCACCGACUGAUUCUCUCUUCUCGUAAAGGAUUCAACCUGGUUGCCUUCCCUGACGGAAAUUUUCUACCUAGCGAAUCCAGUAAAAGAAGCGAAGCUUGACACUACAACUACCCUUCCUGUUUUUAAUUUUUAACGAGUUUUUGUAAUUCUUUUUGUUUGUUCCUUCGUUUUUUUUUUCCUUAUCUUUUGGCUCCUGUUAUUGCUAUUAGCUUCGGGUUAUAGACUUGCAAAUCUUUAUAGAACGCCUUUUGUUCUUGAUUUAAAAUUUGGUUGCCAAUUGUGAUGGGAUGAUGCUUCUUUUUAGACUCGUGUACCAAUUAAUUAGACUCCCAAAGGACCUAAUUGGGCAUGACUUGCUUCUAGUGUUGCUUGCGAGGUGGGCUUUAAUAAAUCUAUUUUGGGUUUUUUGGGG